GGAGCUGUAGUUUCCUUUCACUUUCUUCUAUGCAGUCGCGCAUUGUGCCCGCCCCGGCAGAGCUGGAUAAAGAGGGGGCACAGGGAACAAGCUAACUCCCCAGCCUCCCCCCAGCUGCCUUUCAUCGUCACAGCAGUGCUGCUGAGCUGAACAAAAAGAUUUAACCGAAAGGGGGCGGGGCUACACAGCACUGUACACAGUGCCAGCCAGUCCAGCCAGCAGCAUGGGAGACAGAAGCUCACUGUGUAGCAGCAGAAGACCCUAAACAGUGAGGAUGACAAAGGAAAGGGGCACUAGUCCGCCAUUACCACCUUCCCUGGCAGGGAAUUCCACAUCCUGAUUGCCCUAACAGUGAAGAACCCUUUCCUCCGUUGCGUUCGGAACUUUAUCCUCCAAUCGCAGUGUCAGACAUGGAUUUCUCCAAACUGCCCAAGGUCAUAGACGAGGAGCAGGAGAGCAUGAUGGGUUUUGUCCAUGGUGUGUCUGGCCCAGUGGUUACUGCGUCACAAAUGGCAGGAGCGGCCAUGUACGAGCUGGUGCGUGUGGGCCACUCAGAGCUGGUGGGAGAGAUCAUCCGUCUGGAGGGCGACUUCGCCACUAUUCAAGUGUAUGAGGAAACCUCUGGGGUCUCCGUGGGGGAUCCUGUCCUCCGAACCGGGAAGCCGCUGUCGGUACAGCUGGGUCCUGGAAUUAUGGGAAACAUCUUUGAUGGGAUCCAACGUCCUCUGAAGGAUAUUACAGAUCUUACUAACAGUAUUUACAUUCCCCGGGGUGUCAAUGUCAGUGCUCUAUCCCUGGACAUCCAAUGGGAUUUUAUUCCAGACAAAAGCAUCCGGGCUGGGAGCCACGUUACAGGAGGUGACAUCUAUGGAGUUGUGCCCGAGAAUUCUCUCAUCAAACACAAAAUCAUGGUCCCUCCCCGCAGCUGCGGUACAGUGACUUAUAUCGCCCCCCCUGGGAACUACGACAUUUCGGACGUGGUGAUGGAGCUAGACUUUGAAGGAGUCAAGGAGAAGCUGACGAUGGUCCAGGUGUGGCCAGUGCGGCAGAUUCGCCCAACAGCAGAGAAGCUCCCGGCCACCAAUCCACUGUUAACGGGACAGAGAGUUCUGGAUGCACUUUUCCCAUGUGUCCUAGGUGGGACCACGGCAAUACCUGGAGCCUUUGGCUGUGGGAAGACUGUAAUCUCUCAGGCUCUCUCCAAAUACUCCAAUAGUGAGGUCAUUGUGUACGUGGGCUGCGGUGAGCGUGGAAAUGAGAUGUCGGAGGUGCUGAGAGACUUCCCCGAGCUUACAAUGGAGGUUGAUGGAAAAACUGAGUCAAUCAUGAAAAGGACAACUCUGGUGGCUAAUACAUCGAAUAUGCCAGUGGCAGCAAGAGAAGCAUCAAUCUAUACCGGAAUCACCCUUUCUGAAUAUUUCCGGGACAUGGGCUAUAACGUCAGUAUGAUGGCCGACUCCACGUCUCGGUGGGCUGAGGCACUAAGAGAGAUCUCUGGUCGUCUGGCAGAAAUGCCGGCAGAUAGUGGCUACCCUGCCUAUCUUGGUGCCCGGUUGGCAUCAUUCUAUGAGCGCGCAGGACGUGUCCGCUGUCUUGGGAGCCCAGAAAGAGAAGGAAGUGUCAGCAUUGUUGGAGCAGUAUCACCACCAGGGGGCGACUUCUCAGACCCUGUAACAUCAGCCACUCUGGGUAUUGUGCAGGUAUUCUGGGGUCUGGACAAGAAGCUGGCUCAGAGAAAGCAUUUCCCCUCUGUGAACUGGCUGAUCAGCUACAGCAAGUAUAUGAGGGCCUUGGAUGACUACUACGAGAGGCACUUUGCUGAACUGGUGCCCCUCAGAACAAAGGCCAAAGAAAUUCUGCAAGAGGAGGAGGAUUUGGCGGAGAUUGUGCAACUGGUGGGAAAGGGUUCUCUAGCAGAAGCUGAUAAAAUAACCUUAGAAGUUGCAAAGUUAAUAAAGGACGACUUUCUCCAGCAGAAUGGGUACUCAGCCUAUGACAGAUAUUGUCCUUUCUACAAGACUGUGGGAAUGUUACAGAACAUGAUCGCAUUUUAUGAGAUGGCGCGGCAUGCGGUGGAAGCCACGGCUCAGGCAGAAAACAAGGUCACAUGGGCCAUAAUCCGUGAGAAUUUAGGAGACAUUUUCUAUAAACUCAGCUCUAUGAAGUUUAAGGAUCCAGUAAAGGACGGAGAAGCCAAGAUCAAAGCGGACUAUGCACAGCUCUAUGAGGAGAUGCAGACGGCGUUCCGUAGUCUAGAGGACUAGGCCGGCCACUUUCACAUUACACAUGGAUGUAUAUAAUAUUUAAUGGACCUAUUUUACCCAAAUAAAGGAACUGUGAGGCUUCACCACCAGGGCUUCCGGUUUAAUAAAAGUUA